CACCAACAACAACAUGGCUUUCUCGUUUGGCCAGACGACUCAAAACCAGGCAACCCCGUCAUUAUUCGGCACGGGUUCAACAGCAGCCCCUACUUCGUUAUUUGGAACGGUGGCCAAGACGACAGCUGCCCCAACAUUUGGAUUUGGUACUGCCACUAACACUGCAUCCACGGGAACAGGGUUAUUUGGGACCACUACAGCCACAACACAGCCCUCAACCAGCUUUGGCGGAUUCAAUUUUGGUGGAACACCUUCUUCUACUGCAACUACAACAACAGCCUCUACAGGAUUCAGUGGUUUUGGCGGGUUUGGAACAACCACAAGUGCUCUGGGUGGAACAUCUGGGUUUGGCACUGGCACUACUUUUGGAACUGGAACAACAGGCACUGGGCUUUUUGGCCAACAACAACAACAGCAGCAGCAGCAACAACAACAACAGCAGCAGCCUGGGAAUGAGCUGGCUAACAUCGUCACAUCUGUGACAAUGCCUCAAGUGUUCAAUGAUGAGCGAGACUUGGUGCUGUCUAACUGGAACCAGAUGCAGGCUUACUGGGGCACGGGAAAAGGCUACUUCAGUGCUAAUGGCGUGGUGGAAUUCAAACCUGAUAACCCCUUCUGCAGGUUUAAGGCCAUUGGUUAUAGCCAGUUGCCCAAGGCCAAGAAUGAAGACGGAGUUGUGUCCCUUAUUAUCAGUCAGAAAGAGAAAGAUGUGAAAGAUGUCCAGCAGCAGUUUGUGGAUGCUCUUCACAAAAUUCUCGGCAGUAAACCAACGUUGUCCAUUUGUGUACAGGGAGUGCGACCUCUGCCAGAUGACAAAACUGAGAUGAUCAUGUACAUACUGGAGCGUCCAGCUGUUGGUCCGUCCAAACGACUCUCUGCUUCUGAGGUCUCAAACUUCAUGAACACAGCGAAUAUCAAAACCCAGUUGACCAAUCAGCUGAAGAUAGAAAGUGUCUUACCAAAGAUUGGUUUGACACCUGAACAGAUUAAGCAUUAUUUGGAUCAUCCUCCUGCAGGUAUAGACCCUUUAUUGUGGAAUCAAGCCAAACUAGAGAACCCGGACCCAGAAACUCUUAUCCCGGUACCCAUGAUAGGAUUCAAGGAGCUGCACCAGCGGUUAAAACAUCAAGACCAGCAGACCAAGCUGCAUAUCAACAGGCUCGAUGUGAUAGCUGCAGACCUAACUGAGCUACAGCGGUCACGGAGCAACAUGCUGGCCAAACUAGAAGAGUGCAAGAGGAAACAGCUAGAAUUAGGGCAUAGGGUAUUGCAGGUUGUUGGGAAGCAAGAGAUUAACCGUAAGCUGGGCUAUGGCAUCCAGGCCGAGGAGGAGCAAUUGAGGGUACAGUUAGAGGCCAUACAGGCAGACCUUAAUCACCCCACACAGUUCAAGGGUCGACUGAAUGAACUGAUGUCACAGAUUCGGAUGAGGAAUCAGCUGGGUAUUUCGAAGUCAGAUGUCAGUUACCAAAUGGACAGCAGUUUGCAGGAUGAGAUUAGACAGUUAUUGGCGCAUCAACAGGAGGGGUUACAACAUUUAAUGCACAUCAUCAAAGAAGAUGUGGAGAAUUUAAACCUUAUAGAGCAGGGUUUAGCGGACAGUAGUCAUUUGAGAUAGCUCGGAUAACAUCUACAUUUUGUUUUCUUCAUUUCAUCUCAAAUUUCAUUCAAAUGAUUGCAGGCCUUUAAAAGGAAUUUUGCAACACCAUAUGGGAAGUACAAUGCCAGAAGAUGUCUUCAACAAACACAAACACAUUGUUCCUUUAAAACCACUUACCUGAAAUUUUCCAUAAAGUGUUCAUUUUUAUUGGUCAAAUAAAUGUCAUUAAAUAUUAA